AUGGGUCUAGGCAAAACAAUACAAAUGGCAAUAUUGUUGAGAACGAUCUCCGAAACGAAUCAAGUUUCCAAAAUAUUCAAAUUCAAAGGACUUGGUCCAAGUUUGAUCGUAUGUCCGGCUACGCUGAUUUUUCAAUGGGUAAAGGAAUUGAAUACGUGGUUUCCGAAAUGCCGAGUUGUGGUUUUUCACUCAACUUCACCUCACUUUUCGAACAAGGGAAAGUUGUUGAAUAUUGCUCAGAAGGCUGUGAAGUAGGUUAAUUUGGAACUUUUUUUAGGUUUUGUGGCAAACAAGUGUAUUGUCAAUAUUUAUAAUGUUUGGUUUAGUAAAAUAGCUGUUUUUCAGUACAGGAACGGUGAUUGUAACAUCAUACUCAACAUUCACUAGCGAGUACAAGAAGCUGACUAAAAUUCAUUGGCAUUACGCUAUAUUGGAUGAAGGACAUAAAAUAAGGAAUCCAGAUACUAAAGUUAGUUUUUUAUGGGAUUUUGGGAUAUAAAGUGUACUUUUUGGGUAAUAAUGGUAAAAUGCAAGUACGCUAGGGGUAUUUAUAGGUACCGGUGGACGUUUUUUUAUACUAUUAAAAUUUCUGGUUUUGAAUUUUAUGUCAUACUGCUUUUUACUUUUUGGUCAAAAGGUGUGUUAAGCUUUAAUUUUUGAUUUUUAAGUACCAUUUCUUAUAAUUUUGCUAUUCCAGGUAACCACAGCCGUGAAGGAACUUCGAACACCUCAUCGUAUCUUGUUGUCAGCAUCGCCAAUGCAAAACAACUUGAAAGAGUUGUGGUCACUGGUUGAUUUUGUCUAUCCAGGACUAUUAGGAGCUUUAAAGGAAUUCAACGAUCGAUUUGCGAUACCAAUAACACAAGGUGGAUUGGCUUCGGCUUCGAAGACUCAGCUCAGAGUGGCUUACAAGUGUGCUUGUAUUUUACGGUAAGGUUUUUUGAAAUCUUGGAUAAAAAUGAGAGUUUAAGACUGAAGUUUAAAAAUUUUUUUUUGUUUUUUAUUGCUUUAGGUAAUGCAAGAUUAAAAUUUAAAAUAUUUUAAAUUUUAGAGAUGCCAUCAAUCCAUACAUGCUGAGAAGAAUGAAGAAGGACGUUGAAAUGGUGCUGAAUUUACCAGAAAAGACUGAACAGGUAAUUUUGGCUUUUGUGUUGCUUUUUUAUCGUAAUUGCUCGUUUUGAUAAUUUAGCUAUUGUUUUGACUGAUGUAUUUAUUUAUGAUUUAGGUACUGUUUUGUGAUCUCACCGAAUACCAAAGAAACCUCUACAAAGAAUACCUCAGCUCCAGAGAAUGCCGCUCCGUCUUAAACGGACAAAUGCACCCAUUUGCUGGACUAAUAACUCUAAGAAAGCUUUGUAAUCAUCCCGAUCUUGUAACAGGAUCUCCAGGAGCCAGAAUGGGCAAAUCAACUGAAGAAUCGGAUUUUGGUGACAGUUCAAGAAGCGGAAAGCUUAGUGUAGCUGAAAGCUUGCUAGGGUUGUGGAAGCAACAAAAACAUAAGGUUUUGUUGUUCACACAAAGCAAACAGAUGCUGACGAUAUUGGAGAAGAUGGUACUAUCUCAAGGAUACGACUACUUGAGAAUGGAUGGUGGUACACCGAUUGGAGCGCGACAGGGCAUGGUCAAGAGGUUUAAUGAGGUAGGUUUGGGUUGUUUUUUAAACAAAUGUAGGAUUUUUGUGAAGGUCGGAUUAGGGACUAUAGAGUGAGGGCUUUUUUGGCAUUUAGUGAUGUAUUUAAAAAAUUUUUUUAGUAUAUUACUGGUUUUAGAGCCCAGAAAUCUUUGUGUUCCUCUUAACAACUCGAGUUGGCGGUUUAGGUCUUAACCUAACUGCGGCCAAUCGUGUCUUGAUCUUCGACCCAGACUGGAACCCAUCAACUGAUGCUCAAGCAAGAGAAAGAGCCUACAGAAUUGGUCAAAACCGUCAAGUCACCAUCUACAGACUUAUGACUUCUGGCACGAUCGAAGAGAAAAUAUAUCAAAGACAGGUAUUCAAACAAUUUUUGAGCGACAGAGUUUUGGUCAAUCCGAAACAAAGAAGAUUUGUCAAAACUAACGACCUAUAUGAAUUGUUCAAACUUGGUGAUGGUGGAAGUUGUGAGACGGAAACUGGUGCUAUUUUCCAUGGAGAAACCAAGGAAGUUAAUAAGAGAAACUUUUUUGAUGAACAAGCCAAGAAAAAGAAGAAAGAUGCAAAGAAGAAGCAGAAAGAUCCAGAAAAGAUGGCGUUAGAUGAAGAGGAUGAAGAAGCCGAGUUUCAGAUUGAAUUGACAGAUGAUUACAAGAGGCAGUUGUGGGAAAAGGCACAGAAGAUGGUGGCUGAUCUAGGGGAACAAACGACCUACGUUUAUGAAGACUUAGAUGAGGAAAUGAAGGCCAAGGUUGAUAAGUUACCUGACAAUCAUCCACUUAAGGCUAGGAUUAUUAGAAGAGAUGAUGUGAAGGAGGGUAGUAGUAGUGGCGAUAAGAAUAGUGAAGUUAAUGAUGAAGAAAGUGUGGAAAAUAUUGAAGAGGGGGAGAUAAAUGAUAAAGAAGAUGAAUACAAUGAAAAAGAGGACAGAAAAAACGAAAAAGAAAGUAAAAGUAAUAGAAAAGAAAGCAAAAAAGAUGGAAAGAAAAGUAAAACAAGUAGAAGUGAAAGCAAAACUAAAGGUGAUGAUAAGCAUAAGUCCAAAAAGUCUAAAAAGAAGAGAUUAUUAGAUGGCAAAUUUGAAAUCAAGUUCUUGAAAAAACAAAAAGCGUACCGACCACCAAAAGAACAAGAAGAAAAAGAAGUAAAAGAGCGGAAACAGCACGAACAACAAGAUGCAUUCGUUCUUAGUCAUUUAUUGAAGAAUGCUGGAGUUCAUUCAGCUUUACGGCAUGAUCAGGUGGGUGAUUUUUGAUGGGUUAUGGGGGUUAGGAGGAGGAUAUUAGGGUUUAAGAAUAAGAGUUCAACUUGCUUAUUUUAAUGCCGUACCUUUUUAGAUUAUCGGCGAAACCGGCCGAAACGACGACAUUGAUUUAGUCGAAGCUCAUGCCGACACAGUAGCCAAGAGAGCGGCCGAAGUCUUAAAAAUGAGCCGAAAACGCCACACCGACUUUGUCCGCCACGCCUGCGCCGACGAACAACCCAAAAAAGCGACGACUUCGAUUUUCGGCCGAAAACGCACAAUCAUAAACGACGAGGAAUCGGAGAAGGAAGACGAAGACGAUGGAAAAUUGCCGAACAUGUUUAACGGCGGCUUUAAAAACGAAGGAAACGCAUUAUCGUCCAAGGAACUGUUUACAGAGAUCAAGCGAAGAAGAGCCGAGCAAAUGGACGAUCACGUUGUUGUCGAGAAUCAGCUGGAUCAAAACGAUGAGGCUGUGGUAGGUGGGGGGGGGGAUUUAUAAAUGGCUUUUAUUAGUUUGGAAAGGACCUUGGAAAAAAAUUAGGAGUGGUAAUUUUGAUUUUUGGGCGUGUUAAAUUUUUUUAUUUUGUAGGAUAUUGGCAAAUUUUUUAUAAGUUAAAUUAUUUCAGUUGUACCCAUCAAUGAACCGCAACCAGAAAAAACCAGACUAUGCGUUGGGUGAUGAGUACGAAAGUCUAGCCGAAGAGAUCAGACAGUUCUUUGUCUCCAGAAAUGGCAGAGCUACUACUGGAGAGCUUCUCAAUAAGUUUAAGGUUGGUUUUUAUUUAAAAAUAUUUUUUUGGGGUUUUUAGUAGAGGAAGGUGAGUUUUAUACAGUUUUUGAGGGUUUUUAUUUGAUGCAAAAAUAAUGGCGCGUUCUGAAUAUUUAAAAAAACAUGGUAUUUAAAAAUUCGUAUUUUGAAUUGAUCUUCAGCUCUUAAUAUUGUUUUAGAACAAGGUGAAACCGAAGGAUUCGUAUGCGUUUCGUUCGAUUCUACGCAAACUAGCACUUCAACUACCGAACUCUCAUUGGUCAUUGAAGGAAGAGUACUAUUGA